AUGGUGAAGACAAGUGCAGAGAAAAGUCAUGGUGUCAUGGCUGCAUGCACAUCAAGUUCUGAACUUCCAGAACUUAACCAAAGGCAGAAUUUCCGUUUAGGAGAUAUAACAUGGGUUAAGCAUGAUGGCUCCUCAUGGUGGCCAGCCCAGGUCAUUGAUGAAGCAUGUGCCAGUAGCAAGGCCAAGAAGAAGACCAGCCAUGAUGCUCUGGUUCGACUGUAUGGCACAUGCCUAGACUUGUAUGUUGACCCAUGGAAGUCUAACAUGGAAUUCGAAAUGUUUCUGAAGGAAGAAAAUAAGACAGCCAUGGAAGCAUUCCAUGAGGUGUUUCAGAAGGAGCUAUCUCAUUUUAAGUCGCCCAGUGAUGAUGAUGAGGAAGCUGUCAACACAAAAGCCAAGACGUCUACUAAGAAAGUCAGAAAGCAAGAAGACGUAGAGCAGGACCAAGAAGUUCGGAGCAAUGCAAAAGGUGGAGGUGCUGUUCAGAAAGGAAAAAAGCAGAAAGGUGUGAGACAAGCAAGUGCUCUUGACAAAGCUUUGAGUAUAGAAUCUGCUGAAGGUUUAAGAGAUAAGACACCCAAGCAAGCUUCUGCUGUGCGAGAUAAAAAGAGUGGCAAGAAGGCAUUGUCAGGAGCAUCAGUGGCCAAAAAGGAAGGAUCCUCAAAGCGAUCGGGCCGUACCAAUCUGAAGGAAUAUUCAGAUGCGGCGGAGGACAGCACAUCACAACUCCAUGAUACAAGCGCGAGUAAAAAUGCAGCUGAAGCAGGAGACAUGGCAUCAGUGAAUCGAAGUCAGCACAAAACUGGUUCGACGGUUGAAGGAACCCACCGGAAGAUAAAAGCUAUGGUCAGGGAUAUACUGUUGGGGGAUGUCAUAGACAGGCAGCUUGCUGCUGAAAUGGCAUAUGUGGAUGAAGUGAUCUUUGGAAUCUGUGAAGCUACCGAGGCAAAGGCGGCUCAGGGUGCUGCUGCUACUACUGAGACAGAGGGUGGACUAAGCACCAAGCGGGCCGCUAGUGGGCUGGAGGCUGACUCGAGCCGUGCCGCGAAGAAGAAACCUAGAAAGGGGAAGGCGGCAAAGCCGGAGACCAAGGACCCCAACUCUUCUCCUAGCAGGGGCACGGCGGCCACGGGGGGAUCGGAGCAGCAUAGCGCGCGCCAGAUCAAGAUCAUGCAGAGCCUGGGCCUGAUCGCUCCGCUGGGAUCUCCGUUCGACAUGAAGGGUUCUGCUGCAGUCGCCCGUUGA